GUUCAAAAAAAGUACAUCAACAUGGAUUUCAAAGAACGAAAUUUUAAAAAGAUAGGAAUGAUUUGUGUUUGUAUUCUUAUCGGUGGAAUAGUGUUCAGCUACGGAAUUUUCCCAGCAAUACUUCGAUUCAUGAUAAAACAGAAUGUUCUGUUGAAGCCAGGAACUCAGAUGCGAGGUAUGUUCGAAAAAAUUCCUUUUCCCUUGGACUUCAAGUUGCACAUAUUCAACGUGACUAAUCCAGAGCAAGUUAUGCGUGGUGGAAAACCAAGAGUAAAAGAUGUUGGUCCUUUAUAUUUUGAAGAAUGGAAAGAAAAGUUUGACACCGUCGACAAUGAAGAGGAGGAUACACUUACGUUCACAUUGCGCAAUACAUGGAUUUUUCGCCCGGACCUGUCUGCUCUGACUGGCGAUGAAAUCGUCACAGUUCCGCAUCCACUGAUGAUGAGCGUUCUACUAAGUGUACAACGCGACCGUGAAGCAAUGAUGCCACUAGUGACAAAAGGCGUCAAUAUCAUGUUCGAGCCGUUGGAAUCAGCGUUUCUGAAGGUGCGCAUCAUGGAUCUACUAUUCGACGGUAUACUAAUCGACUGUAGCAGUCACGACUUCGCCGCUAAAGCGCUCUGCAGUGGCAUGGACUCUGAGGGAGCGCUUAGCCCGCACAACGAGACGCACUUUAAGUUUUCCUUGUUCGGAUUGCGCAAUCACACUGAUGCGGGCAGGUGGGUUGUUUACCGAGGCGCAAAGAACAUUCGCGAUGUGGGUCGGGUGAUUUCGUACAAUGAUGAACCGGAAAUGGAUAUCUGGGAUGGAGAUGAGUGCAACCAGUACAUUGGCACGGACUCGACCAUCUUUCCCCCAUUUCUCUCCAAGCAGGAUAAACUCUGGGCUUGGUCGCCGGAAAUAUGCCGCUCUAUCGGUGCCCACUAUGUACACAAAUCCAAAUAUGCAGGGCUGCCCAUGAGUUAUUUCGAGCUUGACUUUGGAGAUCUUAAGAACGAGCCCCACAAUCAUUGUUUUUGUCGCGACCCACCCGAUGAUUGUCCUCCGAAAGGAACGAUGGACUUAUCACCGUGCCUCGGUGGACCAAUUAUUGCUUCCAAGCCGCACUUUUAUGGAGCCGAUCCGAAACUCAUUCAAGCCGUGGAUGGACUGGAACCGAACAAAGACGAUCACGAUGUGUACAUACAUUUCGAACUAUUCACGGGAAGCCCGGUAUCAGCAGCGAAACGUUUACAGUUCAGCAUGGAUUUCGGUCCCAUUCACGGGCACGAAUUGUUUGACCAGUUACCCCAAGUGGUGUUACCAAUGUUUUGGGCCGAGGAAGGUGCGUCGCUGAACAAAACAUGGACCAACCAGCUAAAAUAUCAAUUGUUCUUAGGUCUUAAGUUCAACGCAACAGUAAAAUGGCUCACCAUCGUUUUCGGUACUGUAGGAGCAAUCGCGUCAGCCUAUAUGCAUUUCCGCAAAGACCAAAAAACUACAAACGUUACGCCGUACAAUGCGUCCACGACGGGUACAGUUCCAACAUCGGCAAACGCCCACGAAUCGGAUAACGGAAAAGUGAUGGAUGCUACUCUUGGAAAAAAUAUUCCUGCCCUUAUUGAAGGUCUAGAAAAAGUCCCAAAAAAAUCAACAAUCGAAGUGCAGCAUGAGCGAUAUUAACAAUUUUGA